UGCACGGGCGCGCGGGGGCGCGGGCGGCGCCGCGGCGCGGGGGGAUGUCGGGGCCCAACGGGGACCCGCACGUGCUGGGCGGCGGCACCAGCGACGACGACGGUGACGAGGGGGGCGACAGCUUCGAGGAGGAAGAAUAUGCAGCAAUAAACUCCAUGCUGGACCAGAUCAACUCCUGCUUGGAUCACCUGGAGGAGAAGAAUGAUCACCUAAACAUUUGCUUGAAGGAACUGCUGGAGUCCAACCGCCAGACCCGGCUGGAGUUCCAGCAGCAGAGCAAGCAGCUGAACACGGGAGCUGAUGUGCAGGGAUCCCAGCCUCCUGCCUAGAGUCUGACCACAUGCUCUCAGCUGGUGCUGCUAAGGGAACAGUUACUGGCCACCAAUUUAAUGUAAAACUUGAAUAGCAGAGGUGCCUCGUGUCUGUUUCUUGUUCCUUCUGUGUUUGUAUCCUGCCAUUCAUCUCCGUGUUCUGUUUUCCUUUAGCUGUGAGACAGGUGUAGAAGCAUAAGGGUGGGUGUAGGAGAGCUGGUUCUUUCUGCUCCCCAACAUGAGCCUGGCACUCUUACUUGGUUAAAGCUGGUUGUAGGAAACCUGAGGCCAUGUAGGUAGUUUGCAGGCAGGCUUUCUUCACAAAGUGGAAAAAUUAUCUGUGCUCUCUUUUCCCUAAAUCCAAGACAGGAGUAUUACGGCUCUACCCCUUUCCCUUAGCACAGUCAGCAGGGUCUGUCCUGACUCCAGGCUUGUCCCUUAGUGUAACUCUGGUGACAGCCCUGGAGAGGGAGGCCCUAGGCCAGCUGCUGCCUUGAAGCUACAGCUGCUCCCUUAAUAACAUUAACUGUGAUAUACAAAAUAUUGGCACAUGGUUCCAGAGCACUGGACACUUCCACUACAUUCCAAGCAGGUAAGACAAGCUACCAGGGUGAUGUUUCUGACCACUGUAACUGGGAGCUGCCCCACUCCUUCAGCUGCCAUUAAGGACUGAGGUGUGGAGAGAGGCAGAGCAUCCUGGUUAGUCCCCACCAUGGCAUCAGCAAUAGAAAGGAGAGCCCUCCCUGUACAUUCUGACAAGGAACAAGAGGUCUGGUCUGUACCUUGUGAUCACGUAUGUCCUAAAGCCAGCACUUUUGAAGCAAGUCCUGUGGACACUGCUGAAGGCUCGUGGAAAAAUCCAAUCUGGAUUUUUCCCAGGCUGUUGGCUUUCUCAGCUUCAGCCCGGACCUUUCCCAGGCUGGGGGUUUUUCUCAGAGACAAAACAAGAGAAGGAAGAAAGACCACCACAGAUAAACACCUGGUUUUGACCACCGAGCUGUGUGAGCAUCUCGCGAUAUUUUGCAGAAAGCAUGUUUUCUGAGGUGUUGCCUUCUCAGACCAAUGAGUCUUUUCUACUUUGUUUUUUGUGAUCUAUCCUAUAUAUAUGCCAUGGCUCUUCAAUAAAUGGCCUCUUAUUGUUGCUUGGAAGAGGUAGCGUGUGCUGCUGCAUUAUUUGCCAUUCCUAAUCAGACAGCAACAAAGUCCUGCUGUUCUACUUAUGUAGAGUUAAAGGAAUUUUUUGGAAAGUUAAAGAGGUUAUUUAAAAGAAAUCUGUUUUAUUGAAAUCAGUUUGAAACAAAAUUUGUUCCUGAGAGUCCCCAGUGUAAGAACAGAUUGGAUUAAGCCUUGUAGUAUUAACAAAGGACCAAGGUGCAUGUUCUUGCUUAGCUUAGGACUUGUCCAAGGCUGCUUGUCCAACAGUGUGUGUCUUAGAAAGGAAAGUGUUCUGAGAAGCAGAAUUUGGCAGAGUCUCCCAAGAGAUAAACAUUUUCUCUGCCUUGAAAGGAAAUGAGAGGAACUACAAAGAAUUCUUAAGUCUGCAUCCAUCACUCCAUGAAGUUUGUCCCCUAUGGAAAUCCCAUUACCAUUUUCUUUCAGGUUCAACAAUCCAAGUCUCAGUCUUUCCACAUAACUGCUGUAUCCCAACUGAACAAGUAAUAAACAACACUAUCCUGUAUUAGACACGCUAAAGCCAGGCUUAUUUAUUCUUAAAAUAAAAACAGCAGUAAAGUUGAA